AAUAUAGUUAACAUUACCCAAGUACCUAACGGAAGCUGAAGUACUAACUGUUCUAAAAAAAUUGAAACCUAAGCCAACAAGUGGAUCGGAUAAUGUUCCGGCAUUUCUGACUAAAGCGGUUAACCAUCGAUGACGUGGAAUGAAUGAUGAAUGCGAAAGAAAGAAAACUAAGAAAGUGAAAAAAUCUUCAUCUUCAAACUUAUUUUCUGAAUAAUAACGAUAACAAUUCAGCAAUACUCCAAAUAAUUAAGAUAAGCAAGUCAAAUUUUUUCUUUAAAAUUAUGCACGAUUAAAAAAAGAUAAAAAAAUUAUACCUAUAAAAGAACCGAUUAAAUUUGGUAAAUUCAUAAUUGUGAAAACAAUUUGAAACCAACAUGAAGUACGCUCUUGCUCUAUUGGCACUCGUUGCCGCUGUUUUGUCUGAAGAUAUCCACUUCGAAACUGUCGUCGGUGGUAGAUCAGGAAAUGGUAAAACCACCCGUUACUGGGAUUGUUGCAAACCAUCAUGCGCAUGGAAAGAAAACAUCAGAACCAGAGACAUGAAACCAGUCAACACUUGCGCCAAAAAUGGAAGGAAUACUCUCUCCCCUUCAGUCCAAUCGGGUUGCAACGGUGGUAGCGCCUACAUGUGCAACAACAACCAGCCAUGGGCUGUUAACAACACCCUUGGUUAUGGUUUCGCAGCUGCUUCAUUCGCCGGUGGUGUAGACACCAACAUGUGUUGCGCUUGCUUCAAAGUAGACUUCACCGACCAAAUUGCUGGAAAAAGCAUGGUCAUUCAAGUAACCAACACCGGUAGCGACUUGAGCUCCAAUCACUUUGAUAUUGCACUUCCCGGAGGUGGUGUAGGUAUCUUCAACGCAGGUUGCCACAAUCAAUGGAAUGCCCCAUGGAACGGCUGGGGUGACCAAUAUGGAGGAGUCAAAAGUAGAAACGAAUGUUAUACUCUUCCCAAGGAUCUCCAAUCUGGAUGUCUCUUCAGAUUCGACUUCUUGAAAAACGCCAAUAACCCAGGAAUGAGGUUCAACCAAGUUAAAUGCCCCAGGGAAAUCAUCGCCAAAUCUGGAUGCAGUCUUGAUCCUUAAAUUAGCGCUUUGCUAAAUUAACUAAUGUUUUAAUAAGUUUAUGUUUAUUAUUUUAAUAAAUGUUUUAUAUUUGUUAAUAUAUAA